UGUUAUUUGUCGGUUUCAGUUGAAGGCUUAAGUAAAUUCGUAAACAAUGGGUCUUAUCAGUCACUGCGCCUUUUGCUGUCCUGGCAACGAGCGUCAUAGUAACCGCCGCACACGAAGUGGAGCCCACCUACACUGAUUGGAGCGCUAGAAAAUUCCUGCACCUGGACAUCAGCAGUUAGUUAGUUGUUUACGCUACGUGACUUCGGUUCAGCGCUUAAUUGCAGUCAACGUCAACACAAAUGUCGCAUACACGCAUUACCACCGCCUAUGGAGCCCGACCGUCACACGAUUAUCAUACAAACUCCAUAGCGCUGAAGCAACGUUCCAAAUCCGCAAAUCCACCGCAAUUAAGACCGUUCAGUGGCAUACAGGGUUCGCGACCCCGUUAUGUGCCACCAUUUUCGAUACAAUCGCAGCAAAAAAACACUGUUGUCAUUAAUGGUCCCAUUCACGAGGCGCCCGUUACGGCAAGCGCACGGGGCAGAGCGCCGAAUCCGAAGAGCUUAAAGAAACAACACAAAUCCAUUUCGACAUGCAAUUUGGGUGCCACUUUCAACGCCUGCACGCCCCCCAAAACUGCUGGGCGUGGCACAUUGUUUCGCAUGUAUUUCGAUCGCGGCGAUUUACCCAUCAAAAUGGAAUACCUGUGUGGAGGCGAUAAAAUUGGCUGGACGGUGGACAUUGACAAGCUGGACUACAGCCUCUACUUGCCACUGUUCUUUGAUGGAUUGGCCGAACCCAAACAUCCCUACAAAACCUAUGCACGCCAGGGUGUCAGCGACUUGCUGCUCGCCGGCGGAGAGAAAAUCCAUCCCGUAGUCCCGCAAUUAAUUCUGCCAUUAAAGAACGCAUUGAGCACUAGAAAUUUGGAGGUAAUGUGCACGACCUUGAAAAUCAUACAACAGCUGGUCAUGGCCUCGGAUAUGGUUGGACCUGCCCUGGUGCCCUUCUACCGACAACUGUUGCCCAUGUUCAAUGCGUUCAAGGUGAAGAACUUGAACUGCGGCGAUGAGAUUGACUAUGCACAGAAGAACAAUCUCAACCUGGGCGAUCUGAUUGACGAGACUCUUCAAGUGCUGGAGCUGCAUGGCGGCGAGGAUGCCUUCAUCAACAUCAAGUAUAUGGUGCCCACUUACGAGUCAUGCUACUUGAACUAA